AUUUUCUUCCCAAAAUAUAAAAGGAUUAGGUUUGAUUCCUUCAGCGAGGCGGAGAUUCUCACGUAUCCCGAUGGCUGCCGCCGCCGCCGCCUUUCCUCUGCUCCUCGUGCUCUUCGUCCUCGCAUUCAAUGCCAACAUCUCUGCCGCCCGCCUCCACAGAGUGGAGCUCACCGCCGCGGACGAGGGGCUAUCCUUGAAGGCGUUACCGCCCUUCGCCCCCACCACCUUCUUCGAGGUCGCCAAGCCCGUUCCCCUCCCUCCCGCCUCCGCCCCGGCCUGCUCCGCCCUCCUCCUCCAACACGACUUCGGAUACACCUACGGCCAGCCUCCCGUCACCGCCGCCUACCGUCCUCCAUGCGCCCGCCUCCGUCGCGGCCGCUCCCCUUCCCACGUCGUUCUCCAAUGGCACGCCUCCUCCCAGGGGCGCCAAUUCGACCGGAUCUUCGGCGUGUGGCUCGGCGGCGUCGAGCUCCUCCGCGGCUGCACCGCCGAGCCCCGUCCCAAUGGCAUUGUCUGGACCGUCCGCAAGGACGUCACCCGCUACGCCGCCCUCUUCGCCCGCCCGCAAACCCUCGCAGUCUACCUCGGCAAUGUAGUCGACGACACCUACACCGGCGUCUACCACGUCAAUGUCUCCCUCCAUUUCUACUUCGAUCGCUCGCACGACCGCCGCCGCGCCGCCGACUACCAGGCUCCCAGCUUCUCCGCCCCGGCAGAUCUGGUUCUCCCUCUCUCCCGGAGCCUCCCGCUGAACGACGGGCAGUGGUUCUUGAUCCAGAACUCAACGGACGUCCAAUCGACAAAGCUCGCCGUCCCGGCGAACACCUACCGUGCAGUCCUCGAGGUGUACCUAUCCUUCCACUCUAGAGAUGAGUUCUGGUACACCAAUCCCCCCAAUGUCUACCUGUCGGAGAACAACAUCACCGAUCUCCCAGGAAACGGGCCAUUCAGGGAGGUGCUAGCCAGCCUAGACGGCGAGGUCGUCGGCGCCAUCUGGCCGUUCACCGUGAUCCACACCGGCGGAGUCAACCCUCUUCUGUGGAGACCCAUUUCCAGCAUCGGAUCCUUCGAUCUCCCCUCUUACGACAUCGAGAUCACUCCCUUCUUAGGGAAGGUCUUGGACGGGAAGCCUCAUGAGUAUGGCUUCGGAGUAACCGAUGCUCUAAACGUCUGGUUCAUCGAUGCCAAUCUGCAUCUCUGGUUGGACGGGGAGAGCUCGCAUACCUCCGGAAGCUUGAUCCAAUACGAAGGACCGAGCUACGCACCGUCGCUUUAUGCCCAGUUCGAGGGACUCGAUGGCGAGUUCAAGACCAGCGCAAGAAGGUACAUUUCAUCAACCGGAUGGGUGAACUCUUCUUUCGGGAAGAUCACCACCCAUUUCUUCCAAAAACUAGAAUUCCAUAACUUGAUGAUCUUCUCCGGGAACGGAAGCAACCAGAUGAUCAACCAGACUAUAGAUUUCGAGUGCGGCACCUACACCAAGCAUCCGUCUUCUGUCUUGUUCUCUGAACAUCUUAUUCGAACCUUCCCGCUUUAUCUGUACGCGGGGAUUACUGAUCAAGCGAACGAUACUUUCACUCAGGUCGCGAAUUUAUCUCUAGGGUUUGAUGAGAAGAAGCUCUCGGGAGAGAAAUCUGGGUUUGCAUACAGCUCCUUGAAGAAUUUGCUGACUGCAAGAGGUUACAUGAAGGUGAAGGGGAACUUGGUGCAGAGUGGCCUAGGCAGCACUCAACAAGCGUACACGUAUGAGAGCACAGAUGGUUGCUACUUUAGGAAUGUGAGCAGCAGUAAUUACACGAUUCUAUAUGACAAUUCAGAUGAAUCUUGCACCAAGAGCCUGCCGUUGGGCGCAGAGUACCAUUAACUGAAAUCACUCUGUUCCCGUCGGGAGAGUUUCUUGCAUCUGAAUUGUAUGGCAAGGAGCAUGAUGAUUAAAAUGUUAAAUCUUGUUUAUUCGUUCACCAUUCAAUAAAAAGUACUCCAAACUCUGU